UCUCUUCCCCUAUAAUAAUUAUUGCAUCUACUGCUGUCUAUUCAAUAGUAUCUUAUCUGUGGUCUGUUUGUCUAUGGGUUUUUGGAGCACGUCAUGUCGUUUUGUUGUACGAUUUAAUUUGUGUUUUAUUUAUAAUCCAAGAGAAAACAUUAAUAUUGUUAUUAUUGCAUUGCGUUACAUUUUAUGUAUGAUAAGUAUUAGUAGUAGUUUAAAAUGGCCGAAGCCGAAGAGUUCAAUCAGCAAAGACCCAUGAAGUCCAGCAAGCAACAUAACGUUUUACCAAUAUGGGGUAACGAACAGACUAUGAAUCUGAACCCUCUAAUCUUAGCAAAUAUUCAAGGUUCUAGCUACUUCAAAGUGCAUCUGUUCAAGUUGAAGACUUACCAUGAGGUGGUUGAUGAGAUCUACUACCAGGUGAAGCACCUGGAGCCAUGGGAGAGAGGCAGUCGCAAGACGGCGGGCCAGACGGGCAUGUGUGGCGGCGUUAGAGGAGUGGGUGCUGGUGGUAUAGUGUCCACAGCGUUUUGCCUCCUCUACAAGCUGUACACUUUGCGGCUUACUCGCAAACAGGUCAAUGGCCUGUUACAGCACACAGACUCACCUUACAUCAGAGCUCUUGGUUUCAUGUACAUCCGCUACACACAGCCACCGGCAGAUCUGUUUGACUGGUACGCAGACUACCUGGACGACGAAGAGGAGGUGGACCCUCGCGCUGGAGGCGGUGGCCCCACCACCAUGGGAGCACUGGUGCGGCAGAUGCUCAUCAAAUUGGACUGGUUCAGCACACUGUUUCCACGGAUACCAGUGCCUAUACAGAAGCAAAUUGAGCAAAAGUUAGCGGAGCACGUUAGACAAAGCAAUGCAUCGAAGCCCAACGUUACUCCGAACGUUAACACUAACUACAACAGGGGUGGCAACAGCAACUAUAACCCGGGCAAGAUGGAUAACGACCGACGUGAACAUGAUGAUAGGGAUAGGCGGGACUAUGGCGAUGGUGACAGAUAUCAGAAAGACAGACCAGCAAGACGCGACGAUAGAGACAGAGAGCGCGACCGGGACAGGGAACGCGAGCGUGAUCGCGAAAGAGAGAAACGCGAUCGCGAUCGCGACAGCAACCGUGACCGCGACAACAACCGUGACCGCGAUGAUCGUAGUCGCGACAACGCCCGUGAUCGCGACAUCAAUCGUGAUCGCAACCGUGACCAGUCACGAUCUAGAGACCGUAACUUCGAUCGUUCCAGGGACCGCCACCGCAACCGCUCGCGAUCUAAAGAACGUCGCCACAGAUAAUGAUAUGAGAUUACCUAACUCAAUACUUUUGUUUAAUUGAACCUUGACAAUUAAUUAAAAUUAAUUAUAAUGUUA